UCUAGUUUGAAACCCCUGGUUUCAGCAGAACUGAGCUCCACCCAUGGGGAUGUCUCACAGCCUAGGCAGUGCAUUAAAUCCUAUCAUCCCACUUAAGCUAAUCUUGCCUCGCACCCCCUCCCCUGCCCCCGCCACGGAGGUUCGGCUUCCUGUGGACAGAAUUCUAAGCGUGGACCACCCGGCAGGUACCUAGACUAAGUGUUGGGCCUGUAGGAAUGCCCAGCCAAGACCUAAGGUGGAUUGACUCUGAGGCAACUAGCUCCAGCAUCGACGCGGGCUCAGCCGAGUUCAUUUGGGGACGGAUAAGCGGAUGCCAGGAACAUUGGCCGCUGGUGGUUGGUGUUGGAGUAAUAAAUGGAGAAGACCAAGGCUCGACCCUUGACUGGCGUAAAGCGAGGAGCCCCCACGUGCCUUCCCAAAGCCGCGCGCACAGAGGGUCCUCGGGGCGCCGGAGGGGCGCGAUCGGCGGUGGGAGGGUCUGAGAAGUCGGGGCGAAAGCCCAGGAGUGCGGCGGCCUCCGCGGCGGGUCGGGAGGCGGGGACCCAGCGAACGACUUCGGGGCCGGACCUCGGGGGGCGGAGCCGCCGCCAGCGGGUCGAGCCCAGCCACCUGAGCCCGAGCGCGGAGGACGCCGUCACCGCCGAGCCCCGCGCGCCGCGAUGAGCCGAGGGAGCCGUCCGCGCGCGCUGCCGCCCCGGGCCCCGCCGCUGCUGUCUCUGUCGCUGUCGCUGCUGCUUCUGGCGCCGCCGCCGCCGACCCGGGCUCUCACCCCGAGGAUCAGCCUGCCGCUGGGCUCUGAAGAGCGGCCAUUUCUCAGAUUUGAAGCUGAAAACAUCUCCAACUACACAGCCCUUCUGCUGAGCAGGGAUGGCAAGACUCUGUAUGUGGGCGCCCGAGAGGCCCUCUUUGCACUGAAUAGCAGUGUCAGCUUCCUGCCAGACGGGGGGUACCAGGAGCUGCUGUGGAGUGCAGAUGCGGACAGGAAACAGCAGUGCAGCUUCAAGGGCAAAGACCCGCAGCGGGACUGUCAAAACUACAUCAAAAUCCUCCUGCCACUCAACAGCAGCCACCUGUUCGCCUGCGGCACAGCAGCCUUCAGCCCCAUCUGCACCUACAUUAAUGUGGAGAACUUCACUCUGGCCCAGGACAAGGCGGGGCACAUCCUCCUGGAAGAUGGCAAAGGCCGUUGUCCCUUUGACCCUAAUUUCAAGUCCACAGCUCUGGUGGUUGAUGGUGAGCUCUACACAGGAACAGUCAGCAGCUUCCAGGGGAAUGACCCGGCCAUCUCCCGGAGCCAGAGCCCCCGCCCCACCAAGACCGAGAGCUCCCUCAACUGGCUGCAAGACCCAGCCUUUGUGGCCUCAGCCUACAUUCCCGAGAGCCUGGGGAGCUUGCAAGGGGAUGACGACAAGAUCUACUUCUUCUUCAGCGAGACUGGCCAGGAGUUUGAGUUCUUCGAGAACACCAUUGUGUCCCGCAUCGCCCGCAUCUGCAAGGGCGACGAGGGUGGCGAGCGGGUCCUGCAGCAGCGCUGGACGUCUUUCCUGAAGGCCCAGCUGCUGUGCUCGCGGCCUGAUGACGGCUUCCCUUUCAAUGUGCUGCAGGACGUCUUCACACUGAGCCCCAGUCCCCAGGACUGGCGUGAUACCCUCUUCUAUGGGGUCUUCACGUCCCAGUGGCACGGGGGGACCACAGAGGGCUCUGCCAUCUGUGUCUUCACCAUGAAGGACGUGCAGAAGGCCUUCAACGGCCUCUACAAGGAGGUGAACCGUGAGACACAGCAGUGGUACACCGUGACGCACCCGGUGCCCACGCCGCGGCCAGGAGCGUGUAUCACCAGCAGUGCCCGGGAGAGGAAGAUCACCUCUUCCCUGCAGCUCCCAGACCGCGUGCUCAACUUUCUCAAGGACCACUUCCUGAUGGACGGCCAGGUCCGCAGCAGCCUCCUGCUGCUACAGCCCCAGGCCCGCUACCAGCGUGUGGCCGUCCACCGGGUGCCUGGCCUGCACCACACCUACGAUGUCCUCUUCCUGGGCACCAGUGACGGCCGACUGCACAAGGCGGUGGGUGUGGGCCCCCAGGUGCACCUCAUUGAGGAGCUCCAGAUCUUCUCACCAGGAGAGCCUGUGCAGAACCUGCUCCUGGAUACGGACAGAGGACUGCUGUAUGCUGCCUCGCACUCGGGGGUGGUCCAGGUGCCCGUGGCCAACUGCAGCGUGUACCGGAGCUGUGGGGACUGCGUCCUUGCCCGCGACCCCUACUGCGCGUGGAGCGGUUCCCACUGCAGGCGCAUCCACCUCUCCCAAGCCGAGGUGGCCUCCAGACCCUGGUUCCAGGACAUUGAAGGGGCUAAUGCCAAGAACCUCUGCAACGUUUCCUCGGCCAAGCCCCGGUCUUCUGUACCAGCAGGUGCGAAGCCAUGUGAGCAAGUCCAGUUCCAGCCCAACACAGUGAAUACCUUGGCCUGUCCCCUCCUCUCCAACCUGGCAACCCGGCUUUGGCUGCACAACGGGGCCCCUCUCAAUGCCUCAGCCUCUUGCCGGGUGUUGCCCACUGGGGACCUGCUGCUGGUGGGCAGCCAGCAGGAGCUGGGGGUGAUCGAGUGCUGGUCCCUGGAGGAGGGCUUUCGACAGCUGGUGGCCAGUUACUGCCCAAAGGUGGUAGAGGAUGCAACAGCAGACCAGUCCGACCGGAGGGGCAGUGUGCCUGUCGUCAGCACCUCACGAGUGAGCGCGCCUGUUGGUGGCAAGGCCGGCUGGGGUGCAGACAAGUCCUACUGGACCGAGUUCCUGGUGAUGUGUGCGCUGUUUGUGUUUGCCGUGGUACUCCUCAUUUUAUUCUUCCUCUACCGGCACCGGGGUGGCAUGAAAAUCUUCCUGAAGCAGGGGGAGUGUGCCAGUGUGCACCCCAAGACCCGCCCUGCGUUGCCACCUGAGACCCGGCCGCUCAAUGGCGUGGGCCCCCCUAGCACCCCGCUUGACCACCGAGGCUACCAGGCCCUGUCAGAUAGCUCCCCAGGACCCCGGGUCUUCACGGAGUCAGAGAAGAGGCCCCUCAGCGUCCAGGACAGCUUCGUGGAGGUGUCCCCAGUGUGCCCCCGGCCCCGGGUCCGUCUGGGCUCCGAGAUCCGGGACUCUGUGGUGUGAGCAGGCUUCUGGCCCUAGGGAUGGAGGGCUCCGAGGGCGUCGCCUGGACCCUGGCUCCUCGUGGGACACGGCUGUGGGGCUCCGCCCUCGGGAGCCGCGGAGCCAGCUGGCCUGCUGCUCUUCGGAUGAGUAGCGAGGCCCACGCCCACCAGGGCAGCCGUGGCCUGAGGCCCAGCAGAAGAUGGGGGCCUGCCCUGCACGCCCGGGGCGGCCUGCCUUGGUGGGCAGAACAGUGCCCCUUAUGUAAACUGAGCCCUUUGUUUAAAAAACUGUUGAAAAUGUGAAACGAGUGAGGGGUGAGACACCCAGAAUGCCACCCCCGAGGGCCAGGGCAGGACACGAGGACUCAGGUGGCCGUGGCCUCGGCAGGGCAACGACGACGCAUUGGAGUAGGUGAGGCCGAGCCGGAGAUCCCUCACAGGCCGCCCUCGUCGGCCUUCUGCCCCACCCUGCUGCUGCAGGCCGCCUGCCUCACUGCAGAGCCAGGGCCCCGCUCACGCUCUGCGUCCUGCCCUGCCAGCUGGCCAAGCUGUUGCAGCCACUAUCCUGUCACCUUGGGGACGGGAGGGCAGUGCUGGCAGUGCAGCCUUCACAGACCCUGAGCUCAGACUCACCUUUGGGACCUGUCCAGCCUGUAUCAGGCUGUGGCCAUGUAAAGACAGGCAGUGGGGCCCAGGAGCUAGUUUCGGCCAUGUCUGCCUUUCCCUCAGAGUUCGCGGAGGAGGCUGUGCCCACCUGCCCCCAUCGUGGCCUGAAGGAGCCCGGUGCCCCCUUCCCCACAUCCUCCGCAGCUUCAUCUGGGAGCCCUCUCUCCAUUCACCCUCACCCCUGCCUGCCUCCACUCGAAGGGAUGUUGACACUGCCCAGCACAGGGACCCUGGGUUUAUAUGGGUUUUAUAUAUUUUUUUAAUAAGAUGCACUUUACUUUUUUUUUUUUUUAAUAAAAUCUAAAGAAUUA